GUGUUUAUAUAUUCUCUAUUUCACACGUAAAAAUUUGAAUGUAAACAUAUUGUCGAUUUCGUGAAAAGUACGAAGAAAGAUAGUAAUGAACAAGAAAAGAUGGUAUAGGUAUUUAAAAAAUAAUUACAUCUCAAUAAACUGGGCCAAUGAUAAUAUAAGAGAUGUUAUCAGGAGAUAUUUCAAGUUAUCGUCAAGACUCAAAUCGGCGACCAUGAAUGUCAAAGUGGAUCGACAAGGUUUAGAGGAAAUCAUCAUCAUCAAGUUUAGUUUAAUGUCAAUGUGUGUUUAGACUUUAGUUUGAAUUAAUGUAUUAUCUUUAUAGUCUCCAAAUGCUAGCUUGCACAUGUUGUCUUGUAGUGCAAAGCUUUUGCCUAUUUAAACCCAAGUAUGAAUGAGAAACACCCAAGGCUUAGGGUUUCAUUUCCCCCAACUCAUCUUUGUUGUUAUGGUAUCAGAGCCUCUAGAUCCAAGAGAACCCUAAAAACCUUCUACCCACAAAAAUAAGGACUCUGUCCAAGAUCUGAAAAUUUCAGAUCAUAACCCUAAAAUUCAAAACAUUUCUUCUCUAUUGCAUCUCUUCUCUGACAUCCAAACCCACCAUUCAUUUCCCAUUUACCCAGAAAAAUCCUCCCUUCUUUUGCCCUCUUUAUCUCUACUGUUCGUCAACAAAAAAUCCACACCCCCAAAUCCCCACUACCUUCCGCAACAUUGAUCCCCAUUUAUUUCCCUAGUUUGCGAAACCACAGAAUCCCCAACUUCCCCGAUCGGAAACCCCAAUACCCAAAGUCCCCAAAUCUCAUUUCCCACAUUCAUCUUCCGCUGCAAAUCAACACCAUCCUUUCCCCAUCCCUUCCCCAAAUCUCACUGACCCACCAACACCCACAAAUCCCCUCCUUCCGAAAUACCCAGAUCGACAACCGGUAGAUUCGACUUCAUCGGCGGAGUGUGAGAAUCAACCAGUUCCUCAUUCGUACCUGCCCUCAAGCACCGGAAGAAGAAGGCGACGAAGCUGCUAGAGACCAGAGAAAUCCCUAAAUCGGAUCUCCCAACCAGAGACACCGAGACGUCACGAGCACUGUCAGAUCUGAAAAAUCCGCUUCCAGAGCACGCUGUUCACUGUCAUCGACCUAUUUUCCCUCAACAGCCAUCUUCAACGAUAUGGCCAAGAAAGGCCCAGUGGUGGAGAACCCACAUUCGUUGUCAAAGUCAGACGAAGAAGACGAAGACGAGGGAUCUAGUUCAGAUUGGUAUUCUCUUUCAGAAAUCCACAGCCUCGGGGAACUCAAACCCGUCCUCUUCUUCUGGCUCCACCAUCUCGCCAGCGUGGACAAGAAGUUCUUCCGUUUGGAGAGGACCAGCCGCUACUGGAUGUUCAGCCCGAAAGUUACCGAGCUUGAGGCAGAGGAUGAUGCAGAGCACAAGGUAAACGUUGGAAGAAGGAAUUUCACACCCACUGGAGAAAACCCAGAUGAGGAAGGUAAAAAUCUUGAUCUUGAUGCUGAACUUACUCAAUUGAACGAGAAGAAGAGAACUGCCGAGAAUAGAGUUGUUGGUCUUGAACGAGUUAGUGAUACUGUGUGUGGCAUGGAAGCUUUGAAAGCUUUGAUUGAAAAGAAAGUGAUUAAAAUAUAGAAGAGUGACCAGUUUGUCAAGAUUAAUUCCAUCAAAAGGUUGAAUGUUUGUUUGUCGAGUUUCAUGAUUGUGUGGGAAGGAGAAGCCAGUGCUAGCUCCUGCACAGCAGGAGUUCCAAUUUUCUUGUUCUGAGUUCAGAGGAAAUCAGAAGAACAAAGAAGAAGCUGCUACUUUCAGCAGCAGCAAAAACAAAAAAAUAAAUAAAUAAGAGAAGGAACAGAAGAAGAAAGCAGCAACCAAGAGCAUAUACUGCUGUUAUUCCUGUGUUUGCUCAACAACAAAGAAAAAGAAAAAGAGAAGCUGCAAGUUCAGGGGAAGCACUUAAAAAAAACAAUCAGAAGAGAAAAAGCAGUGUUUCAGCAGAAGCAGUCACAAGCACAAGUCCUUGUUUAUGUGAUUCAGCAAGAGGAAGUGAAGGCAGCAGCCUGAGAUGAUGCAGCAGAGGGAAUAAGCUUACUCCCCUGUUGAGUUUGAAGUCAAUUUUUCCCCCUAGAAUGCUUGCUAGCUAAAGAAGCAGCGACAUAUUGUCAAAGCAGAGGGAAGUAGCCAAUGGAGCACUCCCCUGCUGAUUUCAGUUUGUUUGUGGACGAAAUGCUAGCCAGCACAAAAAGCGGCAGCAUAUCUCUACCACUUUGAAGAUCCAUCUGAAGCAGAAAAGCUGAAGAUGUGAAAGUUCAGCCAGCUAGCCAUGAUGCAGCGGCAAUUUCAUUUGAAGAUCAUCGGAGUGUUAGCUAGCAAAAGUCAAAGCAGCAGCAUAUCCCAUCUUAUUUGGAGAAACUCAAGCUACAACGCUGAGUUGGGUGUUGAGGAGUUUAAGAAGAAGUUGAAGUUUAAGAAGAAGAAGAAGAAGAAGAAGAAGAAGAAGAGUAGAAGAAGAUGGUAUGCCAACUAGCCAAAAAUGCAGUGGUAUCACCGGUUGAAGAAGAAUAAGAUUUCUUAGCUAGCUAGCCACAGAUGCAGCAGCUUUUCGGAAGAUGUUUGGGAAGUUAGCUAGCAAGAUGCAGCAGCUUCACCAUUUGAAGAUUGAAGGGAAGUUAGCUCGCCAAUAGUGCAUCAACAUUCUCAAGUCAAGACUGUAUUCUCUCCAAGCUUUGGUGUGCACAUUCUGUGCUCACCCGCUUGCGGGGGAGUAUCAGGAGAUAUUUCAAGUUAUCAUCAAGACUCAAACCGGCGACCAUGAAUGUCAAAGUGGAUCAACAAGGUAUAGAGGAAAUCAUCAUCAUCAAGUUUAUUUUAAUGUCAAUGUGUGUUUAGAUUUUAGUUUGAAUUAAUGUUUUAUUUUUGUAGUCUCCAAAUGCUAGCUUGCACAUGUUAUCUUGUAGUGCAAAGCUUUUGCCGAUUUAAACCCAAGUAUGAAUGAGAAACACCCAAGGCUUAGGGUUUCAUUUCCCCCAACUCAUCUUUGUUGUUAGAUGUUCACAUGCAAUACAUCUUUCAAUUAAAGUUCAAGGUCAAUAAGUUGGCAUGCGAAACAUGAACAAUAAGUUAACUAUAAUCGUAAAAUAGGAAGCUAAGAAAUAGAGUACCGAUGAUGGCAAGAAUUGUUGAAUCCCACCAAAGGAACUUGCCUGAAGAAUAACCUCGGGGACAGAUGGAAGAACCAACCAAUAUGUCUAUUUAAGACCCUUUAGAGGAAGAAAUAUGAAACUUACCGGUACAGUACUGCGAGUGUUGACUUGGAAGAUAAAUGGGAAGUGAAAGGGCAGAGCAAUAGAAGGUGGAGUGGACUACGGUAGGUGGCUACCCCUGCUCAAGCCUUCAACAUAGUUUUGAAAAAGACUUUAUUGAAAUGUUUGAAAACCAGUCGAGCCAGCCGGACUGGUAAAACCAGAACCCAAUAGCCAAGUUGGCACAGAUAAGUAGAAAAGUUUUCAGAAAAGAACAAACCAGUUAAGAAGCGAUUGGAACGGUCAACCUUUCGAAUUGCUUGAGCCGUCCUAGCGAUUUUCACCAUUCCGCCCUCCCAUUUAGAAAAUGAAAAAAACUGGUCGCU